CAAGAGAUCAAGAUAAGAUGGGACCAUCCAUACCAAAUACGUACUCUCCGUGGCGGGUGGUGACAGGCAGCCAAUCAAAUUAGCAGCACUCGAUCAUAUUGGUGGUUAAAAACUCCGGCUUUAGCGGCCUUCGCCUGUUCCGGUCAUCACAUGGUUGGAAUCACAUCAACAUAUGAUGAAAAGAGAAACAGGCUUAGAUUCAGAGCCGCAGACGGCGAAAAUUAUUUAAAGUAUAAAACGAAAUGGCAUCGCGUGAGAAAUACAAGUUCUUCGCACUGAACCACAUUCAUCUCUAAAACAACAAUGUACUACAGUAGCGGCAAUUACGAGGCCUUUGCUAGGCCACUCAAACCCGAAGGCAUUGACAAUAAACAUGCCUGGAUUGUUGGUUCUGGCUUAGCUGGACUUUCUGCGGCUGCGUUUCUUGUCCGGGAUGCUCAGAUGCCUGGAAAAAAUGUCACCAUUCUAGAGGAGCUACACCUCCCUGGUGGUGCGCUGGACGGGUUUAAAGUUCCUGAAAAAGGAUUCGUGAUUCGCGGCGGUCGUGAAAUGGAAGCUCACUUUGAGUGUCUUUGGGAUCUAUUUCGCUCUGUGCCAUCUAUUGAAGAGGAAGGAGCCAGUGUUCUGGACGAGUUCUACUGGUUAAAUAAGCGUGAUCCAAACUAUUCGCUGCAGCGCGCAACCAUUGAACGCGGCCAAGAUGCCCAGACAGGCAAGCUCUUCACUUUGAGCGACGCUGCACAGAAGCAAAUGGUCAAACUCUUCUUGGCGUCGAGGCAAGACGUUGAGAAUAAGAGAAUUGACGAGGUAUUUGGCCAAGACUUCUUCAAAAGCAACUUUUGGCUCUAUUGGCAGACGAUGUUUGCAUUCCAGACUUGGCACUCUGCGCUGGAGAUGAAACUCUAUCUACACCGGUUUUCAAUCAUAUUCACGUACAACCAGUACGAAUCGUUGGUGCUCCCAUUGAAAAAAUGGCUCGAGGAUCAGGGUGUCAAGUUUCAAUUCAACACCACAGUGCAUGAUGUCGAUUUCGACAUUACUGGUGAUACAAAGCAGGCCACCUAUAUCCACUGGGUCCAAGACGAAAAAAAAGGCGGCAAAGACCUUGGCGUCGACGAUCUAGUCUUCUUGACAAUAGGUUCUUUGACGGAGAAUUCUCACCUUGGAGACCAACAUACACCCGCUACUAUCCAAGACGGCCCUGCACCUGCAUGGGAUCUCUGGCGACGUAUUGCGGCUAAGGGGAAAGAUUUUGGUCGUCCAGAGGUAUUCUGUGGCGACAUUCCCUCUACAAAGUGGCAGUCUGCAACUGUGACGACCUUAGAUAAACGCAUUCCCUCGUACAUCCAGAAGAUUUGCAAGCGAGACCCUUUCAGUGGCAAGGUGGUAACAGGGGGCAUCGUCACCGUACGAGACUCUAACUGGCUUAUGAGCUGGACUGUAAAUCGACAGCCUCAUUUUAAGAGCCAACCUGCAGAUCAAAUUGUCGUUUGGGUUUACAGCUUGUCCACAGAAAAACCUGGCAACUAUGUCAAAAAGGGCAUGCAAGACUGUACUGGGGAAGAGAUUACCCAAGAGUGGCUGUAUCAUAUGGGUGUUCCAGAAGCCGACAUACCAGUUCUUGCUGCUGAAGGUGCAAAGUGCGUUCCCGUCAUGAUGCCGUAUGUUACAUCAUUCUUUAUGCCCCGGCAGGCGGGAGAUCGUCCUGACGUUGUGCCUACCGGGUCAAAAAAUUUCGCAUUCAUCGGCCAAUUCGCAGAAACCACGCGCGAUACAAUCUUCACUACAGAGUAUUCUGUUCGAACAGGCAUGGAAUCCGUGUAUCAGCUUACUGGGGUCGACCGCGGAGUACCAGAGGUUUUUGCUUCAACAUAUGACGUGAGGCACUUGUUGAGUGCGUCGUGUCAACUGAGAGAUGGAAAGGAGCUUUUAACAUGGAUGCCAGAAAGGAUACGAAAACUUUUGUUUGAGAAGUUAGAGGCGACGCAAAUUGGGCAGCUAUUGCACGAAUAUCAUCUGAUAUAAGUUAUAGAGUAGAUAAAUCUAUAUAGAUAUAGAUAUAGAGUAGGUUAAUAAUUAUUAACUAAAUUCAUUUACUGAUUAACUAGA